AUGGCGACCAUCUUGCGUGGCAGACGUUUAGCUUCAAGGCUCCUGGCGCAUAGAUCUCGGAUCGGCCCCCAGGUACGUACUGCAGUGGCUGCACCCUUCCAGUACGAAGAGCUCUUCGAUCUGCAUGCCAAUGAAGCCCCGACUCAGUACCGGAAACUGUCGUCGGACGGUGUGUCAACCUGUACACUGCCGUCCGGCGAGAAGCUGCUAAAGGUUGAGUCGGAGGUCCUCGAGUCCCUGUCUCACCAGGCCAUCGUUGACAUCCAGCAUCUUUUCAGUCCGCGUGCUGCGGCGAUCACCGGAGCACUGGCCCCCUGGUUGAGGUCGUUACUCCGCUUGACCUUCCAGGCAGAGUGGCUGAGUGUGCUGGAAUCAAUCAAUGACGGCCUAGGCACAGUGCUGCACCUGCUGCAGCAGAAUUGCUCUGACCAGCUGCAGCUGAAGAACCUGGCCAUCGUCCACCAAGAGAUGAUGCUUCGCCAGGAGAGGUGUCUGCAGAAUCUCGCGGAGGGCCUGGCAAUCUCCGUACCGUGCACCUCCGUGCAAAAGGAGGAACGCCAUGAAGAACGCGAGGAUCAUGACAAGGUGGAGGGCGUGGUUCAUUUUCAGCUUGAUGAGGUCAGCGACGGUGGAGAUGGCUGGAUGGCCCCGAAGCAACAGGUGCGGUCAUGCGCCAGUAGCAAGAGCCGUUCGGCAUUGGCGAUACCACAUGGAGAUCGAGAGUGUCCAACUGAUGAGAUACUGCUGCCAGUCAUCCAGAAAGGCAGCUCACCUGCAACCAAGAAAGUGAGCAGCCGCGAUGGACCCAAAUUCGGGCAGAGGUUCGUCACUCAAGGGCAGGAGUCUGAGCCCGACACAGUCGCCUUCGAGAUCAUAGGGCUGGCCUCGCACGGCUCACCGCGGAGAACGCUGGCGAGCUCGGCCAGGGAGAUGGCGAGUUCGACAGCUCUCCGACACUUCUUUUUCCAUUGGGUUGCAAGCGCCAUUGAGUGGUGCGAAGACUGCAGGGAUCCACAUCGCACUGGAAUCCUGGCCAAAAUCGUGAAGAGCAAUCGAUUCGGAGGGCUCUGCAUGACGGUGAUCCUGCUCAACUCGAUCGUGAUCUCCUACCAGUCGGAUUUCGAAAUGAAAAAUCCAGGUGCUACCACUCCAUAUCCCCUCAUGAUGAUUGAGCUCGGAUUUGCAUUUUUCUACGGCAUCGAGAUCCUCCUGAAGUUGGCCGUUCAUCGAUUCUACUUUUUCAUCAAUGACGACAUGCGCUGGAACCUCUUUGAUCUAGGCUUGGUCUGCCUCUCCUUGGUGGAGGUCACCUCAUCCUUUGUCCUGCUUUCGAAGGGAGUGUCCCGCGAGGGCAUAAACUUGACCUUCCUCCGGCUGCUGCGCCUUUGCAAGAUUGCCAAGGUCCUCCGAGUGCUUCGCACCCUGCGCUUCUUCAGAGAGCUGCGCUUGAUGCUGGACUGCGUCCUCGGAUCAGUCAUCAAUGCCAUAUGGUGUGUGGCAAUGCUCUUCUUCGUCAUGUUCAUCUUUGCUCUUCUGAUGGUGCAAGGUCUGGCAGACUACCUGGGCCAGUACUCGCGGGAAUUUGGGCCCGAAAGCCUGACUGAGGAAUUUGUAGGGGACAUUAUGCUCUGGUACGGCUCGGUUGGCAGAACUAUCCUGACGCUGUUUCAGUCGACGACAUCCGGCAUUGACUGGCGUGAUUGCUAUCUUCCACUUGAGCAGAGUUCGCAGCUGGUCGCUGGCGUGUUCCUGGUGUUUGUCGGUCUUUUUACUAUAUCUGUGUGGAACAUCGUCACGUCGACCUUUGUCGAGAAAGCGCUGAAGCUGGCCCAGCCAGACCUGGAGUCUUUAGUGAUGGAACACCACCUGAAGGACGUGCAGGAUGCGCAGUCACUGAUCGACCUUUUCUGCAGUCGACUGGGAUGUUCGGAGACGUCCAGCAUUUGCCACGGGCAGUUCAAGCUCCUCGCAGGGCAGCACCGCUUCAGGGCAUACCUUACUGCACGCGGCAUCGACAUCAAGAACGUGGAGGUUUUCUUCCGUAUGCUUGCGGCUGCCAGCGGCAAUGCCGAAGUGGAGAUCAAGGUUCUUGCGAAUGCGCUGGUAAGGAUGAAGGGAUUUGCCACCAGCAUCGACUUGCAGACUUUGACCUUCGAGACCAAGAUGCAGCUAUCCAAACAGGCGAAAUCUGUCAAGGAAGUGGGUCGGCAUGUACGUCGCAUCGAGAGGUUACUUGAACAUGGGACGAAGUGCCAGCAAAUGCCAUCUCCACGAGAGGAGAAGGACGAUCCCAAGCCGACGUUGCUUCGGAAGGUAAGCUUCUCGUCGAACGACCGCGAGCCUGUCGAGCGGCCGAAGGUAAUGCCACCGGCAGCAUCGCACAAAUCCGCUCUUCGGCCGCGCUGUCCACCGGAGCCGUGCAUCUAA